AUGUCGUCGAACGGGAACGAUCCUCCAGAACUUCCCGGACCGAACAACCCCGGGAACGACCCUGCGUCAGUACCCGGGCCGCCGCCUCCGGUAUCACACACAUCACCUUAUCCCCCGCCGCAACCCCACGCACGUUCGACGUUGUCUCCACCGCCGAUUCAGACGCGGGCCGCGGCGGGUCCAACCCCCUUGGCCAGACAGGGAUCACGGUAUCAUUUGACCCAGGCACAGCUCAGUCCCGCCGUGGGAGGCACAGUCUCUCGAGGGAACCCUGCACACCAUCCCCCGUUGCCGCCCCAGCCCGCGUCUCCGGUAGAUUCCCAAUCCGGUGCGCAACCAAGUUCCGCCACACACAAGUUGACCAAGUCGUUGCAGAAACUCUUCGUCGCGACGAACGAAUCGGACGGACGCAAUCUCGGGUUUACUCCGUCGACGCGCAUGGUGGCGUCGCACGAAAAAGCACGGGAAGCAAACACGGCUGCGGAGGCGCCCUUUCAGUGUCAAUUCCAAGUCACCAAGCUGCGUUCUUGGCGGACGGGAUAUUUGCGAGUCUUGCGUCUCUACGACAACGAAUUCGCCACCCUGGACGUGUCCAAAGAACCACCCACGGAAACGAAUCGCUGGCGUUACCACUCGUUGACGGAAUGGUUGGCCGUGCCUUCGAAUGACCCAGCCGAUGCCACCAUACUACUCCAAGUCGACAACGACAAGCUCAAGCUGUCCUGUCACGAAGUGGAUCGCGCAACGGUAUUGACGCGUUUGUUGCGCGGGCAGGAUCAGGCCGGACAGGCCAAUCUGCACCAUUCCGUCCUCUUGGACAAGGUAGAACGCUAUACACGACACGGGACGGCCGUACCCGUGCAAUUACAGGCCAAGCCCUAUGGAUUGGUGGAGAUGGAUCCGAACACUCAUCAAACGAUACAAACGUACACCUACAACACUCUCGUCGGCAUGGCCCUCACGACCGAUCACUCCUCUGGCAUUGUCCUCUAUUGGAAAGACUUGACGCCUGCCCGAUCGGGAGCGACGGACGCUCCGACUUUUGUCAAAUCGCGAUUGUAUCUAAUUCACGCGAGUCGUCGUCCCGGCGGUAACGGUCGCAGCGAUUUGACCACGACCUUGCAAUCUCAUCUGGAAACCCUGGGACUCCCCUUUGUCAUGCAAUCCUCCACCACCGUGGUACAGUGGUUGCAAGCGCGUCGGGCUUGGCGGACUGGUCCCGUCGCCACCACCUGGGCCGUCACCAAGCGGACCCGUCGCCACGACAGUGCCAUCGUCGGAACUUCCCAAGGAUGGGUCGGCGGUGUCGUGUCACGACAUUUGGUGGUCACGGGCAGUGGACACGUGAUGGAACGGGACGGCUCCGGAGUUGUCGGGGCCCGACGAUUGGCGGAUUUGGUCUGCAUCGUACGUGAACCGUCCGGGGACGAACUGUUGCUCGAGUUUCGCGAUGGCACCGUAAGGUCCUACACUAGUCAGCAAAGGGACGCCCUAAUCGUAUCCCUCCUGGAUGCCGCUCAUACGUUGGGGGAAAAUACUGCCGUUUACGUUUCGGACGUUCCGAGGCAAGCCCAUUGCUUGUCCUGGUUGCCCGUAGGGUUCGAGGCCUCACCGACCAGUGGAAUUUUUCACAACGAUGCCGUUCCUCUGUUCUGUUUGAAACGGGUGUACGCACUGUCCACACAAGCCUACGCCUACAUUUCCCGUCAAUUUGAGGCGCUUUCGACAGGACAGCUGGAACCGGUCGAUGUGGUGCACGAGUGUCGCGCCGUCGUCGAAGGUUGCCGCGAGUUCAACGCCAGCGUCCCGCCCUCGGGUGAAGGACUACCCACGGGAGAGAAGGACAAGACUGUAGUCGGUACGAUUGGCGCACUUUGGGGUCUCGUAUCGGGCCUGCUGGUGGAAGACCAGGCCAAGACUCAAGAGACUGUCGCCGCCAGUGGAGCGAGCCGGCAAAGGCACGUCGCGGAAGCUACGGCGGCUACGCUCUUGCAGACGCUGUAUCGUUUGUCCAAAUCGGUGACCGGAUACAAGAGUACAGCGGAGCUAUCCACUUUUCUGGAGACAAUCCCGUUACUGUGGACUGUGAGCAAUGAGUUUUGCAAGUACUGGGCUUUACAAGUGUUGAACGUUUUGCUCUCUGGGGUUACUCCGAAGCGCGAUCUCGAAACGGAAUACAUCAACAAAAACGUUAUUAUCAAAACAGGUGGAGUAGCGAUAGUGCGAGGAAUUAUUUCGUCGCUUGUCGAGCCUUCCAAGACGAUGGGGUCGGACGGAAGGCAACAGCUUUCAGACAUGCUACUCAUGGUGGCAAGCGAUAUUCUUCAGAGUCUGCUGUGUUCCUACAAUGACACCACGUCUCACGACCACUUCACUGCAUUUAUUGAGACCCUUGGUGAACAGUAA